AUGGGAGACAGGGAAUGGAUGGAGGGAGAAGAGACACGGCAGAAGGCAAACGGACGAAUGUUUCCCAGCUACAAGGUGAAGGUAACAGGCUUAAACCCCAAAGCAAAAUAUAUCUUACUGAUGGACAUUAUUUCAGCCGACGAGCAUCGGUAUAAAUUUGCAGAUAACAAAUGGUCCAUCAGUGGUAAAGCUGAGCCGGCGAUUCCAGGCCGACUGUAUGUGCACCCAGACUCACCGGCUUCAGGAGCUCACUGGAUGAGACAGCUCGUCUCUUUCCAGAAACUCAAGCUCACCAACAACCACCUGGACCCUUUCGGACAUAUCAUUUUAAAUUCCAUGCAUAAAUACCAGCCUCGCCUGCACAUUGUGAAGGCAGACGAGAGGAACAGCUUUGGCUCCAGCAAUACAAGUUUCUGCACACACUCAUUUCCUGAGACAACCUUCAUCGCUGUAACUUCCUACCAGAACCACAUAAUCACUCAGCUGAAGAUUGAGAAUAAUCCAUUUGCUAAAGGUUUCCGUGGAAAUGACGAUAUCGAAUUGCAUCGCAUGUCCCGUACACCAAGUAAGGAGUAUCCACUUGUACCACGUAGUACUGCAAGGCAGCGUGUAUCUCCACCCUCUCCUGACUCCUGUCUCUCUCAGGCAGAAUACACUUUGACACAAAAACCCAGUCCUGGCUACACCUGCUCUGACAUUUCAGGUGACCACACCCUCACUGAAACCCCUCCCACUCAUGACCCCACCUACCACCUCUUCACCUACCAGCUCUCUCCGGAGGUGACCCCUGUGCACAGCGCCCCCUGCAGUAUGGACACCACACAGCACCAGCCUUGCAUGUAUGGAAGCUCUCAGGUGGGCUUGGAGGACCUCAGGUGGGCGUCAUAUACAGACAGCACAACUUACCAAAGCUUUUCUUCAGCUAAAGAAAUGGGUGGGACAUUUGGUCCCCCCACUGACCUCUCUCAGGAACUGUAUCCACAAUACACCUGUGAGGUGGGUGUCCAGUCACACUGCAUGAUGACUGAUUUCUCGCUUUAUGCUUGCAAUCGAUCAUUCAGCCAAAACCAACAACCAAACAGCUGGUGCGGGGGGAGCUGAGCAAGUGUGUGUGUGUGUGUGUCUGUGUGUGUGUGUGUG